AUGACCACCACCAUACGCUACGCCACCGAAGCCGACGCGCCCGCAAUCGCAGAGCUCAACAUCAUCUGUUUCCAAGAUGGCCCCAUGUACCGCAACAUGCUCCCCAACAUCGACCCUCUCUCCGCCACGCCCAUGAAACUCUCCCGCACCUACGACAAACUGGCAAACCCCCGGAUGCACGUCCUCGUCGCGACCGACCCCACCUCGAAUCAAAUCCUGGGAUGCGCACGGUGGCUGAUGCCCGACGCGAGUGCGCACUGGCGAGACGAGAGUGAGAUGGCGAUCCUCUCCGACGACGCAAGGGCCAAGGCAGCGCAGAUGACGCAGCUGCGGCCGGCAGGGAUGAAUGUCGCUGUCUACGAGGGACUGUUCAAAGCGCUGGAGGAGAUGAGGGGGAAGUACGUUAGGGAGGGGGAUAUCGUUCUGGAACUUCUGGUGACGCAUCCGCAGCAUCAAGGGAAAGGGGUGGGAAAGGCCUUGCUGGACUGGGGAGUGCGGAUGGCCGACCAGAAACAGGCGCGCAUUUAUCUGGAGGCCACGCCGGAGGGGUAUCCGCUGUAUCGCAAGUGCGGAUGGCGGGAUGUGGAGGAUAUUGUGAUGGAUUACUCGGUGUACGGGGGGGAGGGAGAGGCCACAUAUGCAGUGAUGAUUCGGGAGCCGGCCCUCCCCCAUCAUCGCAACUGA